UUUAUUAAAUAAAGGCGUGAGAUAACCUAAGCCACUGGUUGACUUUGGACCACCUACUUCCUCAAUAAAAUAUCCUACUCAAAUUAUGGAUCCAAAGGAACAAAAUGGCUCUACUGGCAUCAAAGAAAAUCGUAAUUGUGUGUGUGGUAUGGCGGGGGAAGUGGUUCCGUUGGUGGCGAUGCUGACGGUGGAGUUGACCAACGUAGGGAUGAACAUCCUCUACAAAGCCGCUGUUUCGAAGGGUUUAAACUACCAUGUUUACAUGGUUUAUUCUUACGGGAUUCCUGCCCUCAUUCUCCUCCCUCUUGCCUUCUUUAUCCACAGGAGUACACGUCUUCCACCCUUUACUCUGCUCCUGCUUCCCAAAUUUUUCAUCCUCGGCUUUCUUGGGUUUACAGGACAGUUGUUGGGGUAUGCAGGCAUCGCAUACAGCAACCCAACACUCGGUUCAGCCAUAAGUAAUCUUACUCCUGCUUGUACCUUUUCUCUUGCCGUUGUUUGCAGGCUGGAAAAGCUGAAGCUGAGAAGUUUAAGCAGCCAGGCCAAAGUCAUUGGAGCUUUGGUAUCAAUAGUAGGUGCAUUAGUCGUGGUGCUCUAUGAUGGCCCGUUGCUAAUAAACGGGCGCACUGGGAAAUUAACAUUACCUACAAUGUUUGGUGCUCGAUCCAAUUGGAUCUUCGGUGGUGCCUUACUUGCCGUUAGCUACAUUGUAGCCUCCAUUUGGUUAAUUUUCCAGGGCAUAGUUAUCAAGGAGUAUCCAGCAGAGUUUAUUGUAGUCUUUUUCUACAAUUUCUUUGCUUUUGUUGUGGCGGUACCAGUCUGUGUUGCUACAGGACCACCUCUGAGUUCAUGGGCAGUGCCGGCUGAUGUUCGAUUGGUAUCCAUCCUAUAUGCGGGAGUAAUGGGAUCAGGAUUUGCUAUCAUGAUUCACACGUGGGGGUUACAUAGGAAAGGGCCUGUUUAUGUAGCAAUGUUCCGGCCAUUGUCUAUAGCCAUUACAGCUAUUAUGGGUGUCAUUUUCCUCGGCGACGAUCUUUAUCUCGGGAGCGUCAUUGGAUCCGUAGUCAUUGCAAUGGGGUUUUACACACUGAUGUGGGGGAAAACGAAAGAAGAGAUUGUUGAGACAUCAAAUGAUGAUGAUAUCUUGGAGCCAUAUUCUACCGGCGAUGCGAUCGUACCGCUGCUGAAAGAACGUAGCAUCUCAACCAAAGCAAAUGCAGGAUCAUAGCACCAAAUCUGGUCCGUGGAAUUUACAGAAGAAGAUUUGUAUAGGUUCAUGAGCUUCCAUAUGGCCCAGACUUGUCUUAAAUUUCUUAAAUAAAAGUUAGCCCAAGUACUAGAUGGGCUUGUCAGAAAAUCAUCAAGAUUCUUUUUUCUAUACCAUUGGGUUGACAAAUUUUGGUUAUCAUUUUGAACAAUAUUUGUAACAUUA